UUCAGUGUGCGAGAGCAGGAGAGAGCAGAGGGUGCAGGGAUACCCGGGAGGAAGUACAGGCUCACAGCUGGUGGAUUUAAGACCAGUUCACUGUGUAUAAUGAGGAGCCGGAGCAAUUCUGGUGUCCGCCUGGAUAGAUAUGCCAAACUUGUGCAGCAAACCAUCCUCUGUCAUCAGAAUGCAGUUACUGGACUGUUGCCAGCAAGUUGUGAAGAAAAAGAUGCCUGGGUCCGUGACAAUGUCUACACGGUACUGGCAGUGUGGGGUCUGGGCCUAGCAUACAGAAAAAAUGCUGAUCGAGAUGAAGACAAAGCAAAGGCAUAUGAGCUCGAGCAGAACGUCGUCAAGUUGAUGAGAGGUUUACUGCAAUGUAUGAUGAGACAGGUUUCGAAAGUGGAAGAAUUUAAGUAUAGCCAGGGCACAAAGGAUUGUCUCCAUGCCAAGUAUAACACAGGAACCUGUUCCACUGUGGUGGGAGAUGACGAGUGGGGUCACCUGCAGCUUGAUGCCACCUCCCUUUAUCUGCUCUUCUUGGCACAGAUGACUGCAUCUGGGCUCCAUAUAAUCUACACUCUAGAAGAAGUUACUUUUAUACAGAACUUGGUGUUUUAUAUUGAAGCAGCAUAUAAAACUGCGGAUUUUGGAAUGUGGGAGCGUGGUGACAAAACCAACCAGGGUAUCUCUGAACUUAAUGCCAGCUCUGUUGGAAUGGCUAAGGCAGCCCUUGAGGCAUUGGAUGAACUGAAUUUGUUUGGUGCUAAAGGAGGUCCUCAGUCUGUUAUCCAUGUCUUGUCUGAUGAGAUCCAGCACUGUCAGUCCAUAUUAAACUCCAUGCUACCCAGAGCCUCCUCCUCCAAGGAAAUAGAUGCAGGGGUUCUGUCCGUCAUCUCCUUUCCAGCCUUUGCUGUUGAGGAUCUACACCUGGUGCAGAUAACCAAACAAGAGAUCAUUGAUAAGCUGCAGGGUCGUUAUGGCUGUUGUAGAUUUCUCAGAGAUGGGUACCGGACUCCCAAAGAGGACCGUAGUAGAUUGUAUUAUGAACCUGCAGAGCUGAAGCUUUUUGAAAACAUUGAAUGUGAGUGGCCACUAUUCUGGACAUACUUUAUCCUAGAUGGGAUAUUCAGUGGCAACAAAGAGCAGGUUCAGGAAUACAGGGAUGCUCUUGAAGGUGUUCUAAUUAAAGGUAAACAUGGUGUACGAUUGGUUCCAGAAUUGUACAGUGUACCUGAAGACAAGGUGGAGGAAGAAUAUGAAAACCCACACACAGUGGACCGCGUACCUCAGGGGAAGUUGCCUCACAUGUGGGGCCAGUCUCUUUACAUUUUAGGCUGCCUGAUGUCAGAGGGUUUUCUGGCUCCUGGAGAGAUUGACCCACUGAAUAGAAGAUUUUCUACUGUUCCCAAGCCAGAUGUGGUUGUUCAAGUUUCCAUUCUGGCAGAGACUGAAGAGAUCAAGGAAGUCCUGAAGAAGCAUGGAUUUGAGGUGGAGACGGUGGCGGGUGUGUACCCCAUCCGAGUUCAGCCUGCAAAAAUUUUGAGUCACAUCUACGCUAGACUGGGUCGUAGUAGGAAGAUGUACCUCAGCGGCAGACCAUACAGAAAUAUGGGGGUUUUAGGAACCUCCAAACUAUACACGAUACGACAGAACAUAUUUGCUUUUACUCCUCAGUUCAUUGACCAGCAGCAGUUCUACCUGGCCUUGGAUAACCGGAUGAUAGUUGAGAUGUUGCGUACAGAUCUAUCCUACCUUUGUAGUCGCUGGAGAAUGACUGGACGCCCAACAAUUACCUUCCCAAUCUCCCAUACCAUGCUGGAUUCUAAUGGUAAAGACCUUGACCCAGCAGUACUUGCCACUCUUCGUAAACUCCAGGAUGGCUAUUUUGGAGGGGCCAGGAUUCAAACAGGUCGCCUGCAAGACUUCUUGACCACAUCGUGCUGCAAACAUCUGAGCUUCAUGGACCUCGGAGUGGAGGGUAAGCUGUGUGCCGGGUGGAGUAGCUACAACAAGGGCGAGCCAUUCAUUGUGCGGGAGCCGGAUUCACCCAUGCAUGUGGCCCCUACAGCCGAUGAUGAAGACACAGAAGAUGAAGUGGCUCAGUAUCUUAGCCAUUUGCUGGGCUCAUCCACACAGACUACCCCUGUCUCACAGCGUGGAGGACGACAUCGCUUCCGUGCAGCUAUUCACAGCGCUCGAGAUAUUAUAUCACUCCGCACCAAAGCCAAGGGACUUAAUGUGCAGAAUUUACAGAUGUAUCUACCAACCAAACUAUUUCAAGCCUCACAGCCAUCGUUUGAUUUGCUGAACAUAACUCCACCAGAAUUCACUGCAAGCAAGAUCUCGACUGCCUAUGCAGGGAUGUGUUUACCUCGAGAUUCAGAUGGGCAGGUGGAUUAUACAGCUCUUGUUGAUAUCCUUAGGGACAGCGCCAAUGUGCAAGAGCAAGCAGACAUACUGUACUUAUUGCAUACCAUAAAGGGAGCUGAUUGGGACACUCAGAUAUAUGGACAACCAGGUGUGACGGUUAAGGAGCUUCUCGUGGAAUUGUAUAAUAAAGUGGGGUCCUCACGGCAAUGGUCCUUAAUCCGCUUGAUUUCUGGCAUACUGAAAAAGAAGGUGGAAGCUCUAGAUGAGGCCUGCACAGACCUUCUGUCUCACCAGAAGCAACUAACAGUAGGAUUUCCCCCAGAGCCUCGGGAGAAGACCAUAACUGCGCCCCUCCCGUAUGAGAAACUCAUAUAUUUAAUUGAUGAAGCCAGUGAGAAAAACCUGAGCACGUCCAUUCUUACUCAGGAAAUAAUGGUGUACCUGGCCAUGUACAUGAGGACACAGCCUUCACUGUUUUCUGAGAUGUUCCGCUUGCGUAUUGGACUUAUCAUCCAGGUCAUGACGACAGAGCUCUCCCAUUCACUGCGCUGCUCUGCUGAAGAAGCCACAGAAAGUCUUAUGAAUCUAAGCCCAUCUGACAUGAAGAGUCUACUUCUCCACAUCCUGAGCGGGAAGGAAUUUGGUGUGGAGAGAAGUGUUCGACCCGUGGAUUCCAAUCCUUCUAUUUCCAUCCAUGGAUUGGAAGGUGUGGGGGCCACAAAGAGCGAGAGAGCUGGCAUCACACGACUGAAAAGUGAGAUAAAACUGCUGGAUAAACGUAGGAUGUCUCUGGCUCCUGAGUGCCAGGAUGUGGAUCCUUUCUCCAUGACGUCACUGAAACCUGGCGAUUCUUUAUCUGCUUCUGGUGAUCUCUCCACUUCAAGCAUAUCCGAUAGUGACAGUGGCUACGAUAGUCGUCAGGGGCAGUGGCUCCGUAGGAGGAGAUUGGAUGGGGCACUAAACAGAGUACCUGUUGGAUUCUAUCAGAAAGUAUGGACAAUCUUACAAAAGUGUCACGGAUUGUCCAUUGAAGGUUAUGUUCUUCCUUCUUCCAGCACACGUGAGAUGACACCUGGCGAAUUGAAAUUUUCUGCUCAUGUGGAAUCUGUCCUCAACCGUGUUCCCCAACCAGAAUAUCGUCAGCUUCUGGUGGAAGCUAUCUUGGUUUUAACAAUACUUGCUGAUGUGGACAUCCAGAGUGUAGGUGGUAUCAUCCACGUAGAACAGAUCGUGCACACUGCAAAUGAGUUGUUCUGUCAAGAGCAGAAGGCGCUUGGGGCAGAUGAUGGAAUGCUAGAAAUCGACCCUGGAACUGGAAUAUGCUGCUUGUUAUAUGACAGUGCCCCCAGUGGACGCUUUGGGACAAUGACUUACCUAUCUAAGUCGGUAGCCAUAACUUUGCAAGAAUCUCUCCCACAAAGUGGUUGCUCGAUGCAGUGACCUAGACAUGUACUGCUGUGCAUUAGCAAUAAAGCUAAUUGUAUCUUUGCACUGUGAUCACUUUAGUGAGGCAGCCUGUGUGAUCUAUCAUACUACGAAUGUAUUUGUGUAGCAUUUUGAAGAAGCAAUAGCAACCCAAGUGGGUUAACAGCUAUAGUUUUGGUUAAGGUAUCAGCUGUUUGGAACUUUGUGGUACAAGUCUGAUUGUGCAUGUAAACACUUUGUAAACAGUUCCAUGUACUACUAAUGUGAACCAAAAAUUAUUUCUCUUUAAAGGGACCCUAUAAACACUGUAACUAUUUCAUCUAAUUGGAUUGUUUAUAGUGCAGGAAGUCUCCUGGGGCUCUCCUUCCAUUCAGUGUUAAAACAUUUCAAGUAGUUUAACAUUGAAAAGAGGGU